UUCAAUCCUGUUCUCUCUUUCUUAUGUAGCUUCUCCCUAUAUAUAUAUAAACUUUUAUCUGAAACAUAUAGAGCAAAUCAAGACAAGUAUCGAUCAUCAUCGAUCACCAGAGUGCAUAUUUUCCAAUAGCUAUUAUAGAGCUAUUAGCAAUGGAUUCUAGUAGUGAUGAAGGAACAACGGUUAUCAUGAGGAGACCACGAUCAGAGAUUGAUACCAGUGCUCCAUUCCGAUCAGUCAAAGAGGCUGUCAUGUUAUUUGGCGAGAGAGUUUUAGUUGGUGAAGUCUAUGCCAACAAACUCAAAGAGUUACAGUUGGAAAAUAUUGUUGACCCAGCCGCAAAUAACAGUUUACGGCUCAGAAUUGAAACGAUCUCAGCCGUAAAUUACAAUCACGGCCAGGAAAUGAAGAACUCCCGACCGAUUUUUUUCUCUUUUUUCUUACAGGGUGCAGCUGCAACAAUCCACAAUGACAGCACUAAUCAUGGCUCGUCCAAGCUUGGGACCGUAACCGCUGAGCUACAAGAGACAAAGCAGAGCCUCCAAAAAGCAAGAGAAGAAGGAAUGUUAAUGGCAAAUAGUCUUACUUCACUACAAGAAGAACUCGAACAAACAAGAAAAGAACUUCAAAAAUUGAAAGUAAUAGAAAAUGAUUUCAUUGAGAAACAAUGGAUAGAAUCCGAGGAUAUCAAAGAUAUAAGGUUCAUCGAUAUUAAGCCAACAACAAAUGUUGAAGUCGAAAAAACACAAAGAAUUAAUGUAGAAGAACAAGAUGAUGAGCAGUUUGAGCUGCAAAAGAAGAGAUACGUAAAGUUUGCGAGUCCUCCGUCAUUGACUCAAGUCAUAUGCAGUCCUGGUGAAGCUGGUAAUGUACUAGAGAGAAGCCCGUCUUUGCAAAAGAAGAAGAAGCCACUAAUCCCACUAAUAGGUGGAAUGUUUUCUAAGAAGAAAACCAAUCAUCAACAAGCGGUCUAUCCAAAGAGUACAAGAGCUCUCUGAUUUUAUCUUAGAUUUGUUUGUGUGUGUGUAUUCGCGAGCAUCUACAUAUAAAUUGAGGAUUUCACAAAUAAGGGUCUCCUCAAGCAAGGAUGGAUCCAAGAAGGCUAAAUUUUCUUAUAAGGCCCGGGCUAGAAGUCUUGGUGGAGUAGAAUUUAUUCUUUUUUGGCUUGUGGACUGGGAAGACUACCCGGACUAAAGCCUCCUUUAGCCCAGUUAUAAGUCCGUCAGUGUCCUCAAGGGCUUGACAUUUUAUUAAUCUUGAACCUUCCAUGAUACGGUAAAAUAUAUAAUGUAUCUAGUUGAUGAAUUUCCAAAAAACUGUCGCAUUGAAACUUUUGUGUUAUUCUGAACUUUUGAUAAUUCAUUAUAAUUCUUAAAAAUAAACUGUUAGAAUAUAUAAAUGAAAGU